CGGCGGGAAGCGCGCCUAGGCACUUCUCCUCUGUCACGAGCUGCUCCAGUCUCACUAGGACUCGUUCACUACUCAGCAACAUUUGACUUUGGGUCCUUGGAAGUGAAUAUACGACUCAUGAUUCGGACAGCUCGUGAAGACCAUAGCUCGUGGCAUAUUGAAGACAUGUAUGACUGAGGAGAUGUCAUCGUUUGUUUUCUACGUGAUAUGUGUUUCACGUGCUUGCGCACCACAGUGAGGUAGUUUAACUUGGACUCUUUUUCGUGGACCGUUAACGUUUAAUGCCCUGGGUCCGGAUUUGGGUGAUUUAUACGGCGGAUGCGGCGGAAAGAAAUAACGUUGUCGUUGUGUGAACACCGGUGCCGGUGAAAUGAAGUCUCUCAGUUUCCGAAAGUGGAAAUCCUCCCGGAGCGUUUGGAUUAUUUACCCAGAGAUGAUUUUUCUGCCGAUUCUUUGGUUUCUAUCCCAAACUCGGGCGGCCCCGUCUAUAACAACCGAGCAGAUGGAUAUGGGGGUGGAUUGGCUGAGCAAAUAUGGGUACCUCCCACCCCCUGAUCCUGUGAACGGACAGCUUCAGACGAAGGAAGCGCUGACCAAAGCCAUCAAAGCCAUGCAGAGGUUCGGAGGCCUGGAGGAAACUGGAGUUUUGGACCAAGCAACCUUGGGUUUAAUGAAGACCCCACGCUGCUCGCUGCCUGAUGUUUCGGAGCCAGAUAUGUUAGCAGGGCGAAGAAAAAGAGCGGCUCCUCAGACCAAGUGGAGCAAGAGACACCUUUCCUGGAGGGUGAGGACGUUUCCAAAAGAGUCAGUGCUUCUGGGACGGGACACGGUUCGGGCGCUCAUGUACUAUGCCCUCAAGGUGUGGAGUGACAUCGCCCCCCUCAACUUCCAUGAGGUGGCAGGGAAUGAGGCAGACAUCCAGAUUGACUUCACCAAAGCGGACCAUAAUGACGGCUACCCUUUUGAUGGACCCGGUGGCACGGUAGCCCACGCAUUUUUUCCUGGAGAGCGAUUUACAGCCGGUGACACACACUUUGAUGAUGAUGAGGCCUGGACCUUUAGGUCGCCAGAUUCACACGGGAUGGAUCUUUUCGCAGUGGCUGUGCACGAGUUCGGUCAUGCCAUAGGGCUCGCUCACACUUCUGCCAUUGAAUCCAUCAUGCGUCCGUACUACCAGGGGCCAGUGGGGGACCCGCUGAAGUACAACCUUCCGUACGAGGACAAGGUUCGAGUUUGGCAGCUUUAUGGUGUUCGAGACUCUGUAUCACACACAGCGCAGCCAGAUGACCCCUCCCAAACGGCUGAACCUCCCGUCCUGCUUGACCUCCCAGAAAACAGAUCCACAAUCCCACCUGCCCGCGACGCCCCUGACCGAUGCACCAGUCACUUUGAUGCUGUAGCCCAGAUUCGAGGAGAGGCUUUCUUUUUCAAAGGAAAGUAUUUUUGGCGCCUUACACGUGAGAAGCACCUGGUGUCACUAAGGCCGGCUCAGAUUCAUCGUUUUUGGAGGGGGCUGCCCGCCAACCUGGACAGUGUGGAUGCUGUUUACGAGCGACCUGGAGACCAUAAAAUAGUUUUCUUUAAAGGAGGAAAAUAUUGGGUGUUCAAGGACAAUAAUGUCGAGGAGGGCUAUCCAAGGCCCGUCAGCGACUUUGGCCUGCCCGUGGAAGGGGUGGAUGCGGUGUUCGUCUGGCUGCACAAUGAGAAGACGUACUUUUUCAAGGACAGCCGUUACUGGCGCUAUGACGAUCACCUGCGGCGAAUGGACCUCGGCUACCCAAAAGACACAGCGCUGUGGAAGGGAAUCCCACCUCAGCUGGAUGAUGCCAUGCGAUGGUCUGACAGUGCAUCGUAUUUCUUCAGGGGAAAGGAGUACUGGCGGGUAGCGGGCAGCGAUAUGGAGGUUGAAACGGGUUAUCCCCGUUCCAUCGGCAAAGACUGGCUGGUGUGUUCAGAAAUGCAGUCGGACUCUCCGGAGACGCAGAAUAAUUCAAACACCAGGCUCCACGGGCAGCACCACGCGGACCACGCGGAAAAUGGCUACGAGGUGUGUUCGUGCACUUCAGACUCAGCCUCGCCACUGGGCACACGACUAACCCUCUCGCCCGCCUGGAUCUUAGCGCCGCUCUGGACACUCGCGCUCUCUCUCUCCUCUGCUCCCCUCUGAUAAGGGCAGAGCCACAGGCCUGUACUCAAAAACAUUUUAGGACUGAAGCAUACGGUAGCCUGUGGUUGAAGCGAGCUACGAGAGGAUCUGGAAUAGCCUCGGAGUGAUGGAACGGCCUCAGCACUUCAAUCAAUGAAAUGAUUGGCUCCCAUCUUUUUGUUUUGAUUGGUGGAAUAUUCUGUUUUAUUAUUACUAUUAUCAUUAUUUGCGAUUCAUUUUAGGAGAUUGCUAGGUACACAACCAGCAUUUUGAGCCGUUUUCGGGCCCAGUAAUAAUUAUGAUUAAUAAUGUUAUAUAGUAGUGAUAUUGCUGAUAAUGGGAGGGGGACAGGAAUGUCUUUUAAAUAAGGGCUUCCUAUUGGCUGACAUUUAUGAGUCACAAUCUUAACCUUUCCCUACUCCAAGUGCUUUAAAAAUCCAGUCGCUCGUUCAUUAUUGGCGCUUUUUUUUUACUGCAAAUUCCUUAUUACGAUCCUGCUCUCUGGUCCGUUUAUUUCGCAGUGUAUAAGCAAUUAUACCUUUUAUAUCGACUGUAUUUUUGUAGCAAGCAUCACAGAUAUCAUCGCUUUAACCAAUGACAGUUACUUAGAAUCGCAACUGACUUCAGUUUUAUAAUAAACAUCACUGUUGUUUAGUUUACCAAGGGCAUGCAUGAUUCACAUUCAUCUGUGGAUCACUAGCUGAAAAUAUUUUACAGCUUUGUUUAUAAAGGCAUUCACUAUUUUUUCUGUAUUUUAUCUCUUAUCUUUGCAAUUCACAUUUUUUUCCGAUCAGAGAGCGUGAGACAUUUUGAAGAAAUGCAGAUUGGGAGGAUAUUUGGCUGCCGAAAGUGCACUCCAAUCUUAUAUGGGAUUAAAGCUUAUAUACUAUAUAUAAAAACAUAUACAUAUAUAUAUAUUUAAGGUAAAAAUUCUAUGGCAGUUGCAAAAAACAAUGUAAAUUCUGAUCUGUCUUUUAUAUGGUGAAAUAUUUUUGUAGAAAAAUAAAAAGGAGUGGGCAAGCUUGCGUGAGGAGAAAAGUAAUUUCAUAUAUAUUGUUUUGUACAAAUAUGACAGGUGUUGUCACAUCAGCAGGAACCAUAUUCGCCCCUCAUGUUUAUUUCACCGUAUUCACUCAGAAAUGCCAAAACAACAUUACGUCACGUCGCCACCAAUCCGAAUUGUCACACCUCCCCAGGACUCAUUGUUUUUAUCAUGUAUUUGUGUUUGUUUGUGUGAGGUACACUACAUGCUUCUGCUGUAACUUUUGUGCCUGUCUCUGUUUAAAUCAAUGACAUGAGCCCAUACUGAAUAUAUAUCACACAACGGGGAUGAAAACUAUCCGUCUCCUUGGUAAUGAGCAUUCGCUACACCACGUAUGGGAAAAAUGCAGACAUGAGAGUGAUGUAGACAUCGAGUGUGUGGAGGUGUGUAGAUGUGUCGAACUCGGGGUGUUGAGAACCAAAAAGCUUGAGAAGCAAAACUUUUCAUCAAAGGUUCUGGAUCUACUAAUUACUCUGCUUGGCUGCCUGGAGACUUAACUGUGCCCUAGGUAAACAGAAGAGAGGUCAUGUUUCAAUGACUGAAACUAAAUUUAUUAAGUCUGGGGACUUUCCUUAGAUUUUGGAUUUUCUAACCACUGUUCCCUUUGAAUCCCAAACAUGGUCGAAUGGAUUAUACACGCAUAAAUGUCCGGAUAAAACAAUUAUGUUUUGUUAGGUAAGUAAGGAAUAAUUGACGACAGGCCAUUGAAUUAUAAGAAUUAUUCCGCUUAUACAACAGUUACUUAAAAAUUUCUCCGGUGCCUGUUUUUAAGACAU